UCUAAUUCUGAUUAAAACCAAAUUAGAACAAAAAAAGAAAAACGGAAACCAAAAUCCCAGCAAGUCGCGGUUUUUCGCAUAUUCUUCGUUUACCCUCAGGUGUUUGAGUUAGAAAAUCCUUCCUUCUUCUUCUUCUUCUUCUGCAAUGGCUUCUGAAAACUUACCUGACAAAAACGCGGUUUUCAGAAAGCUGAAAGCUAAGUCGGAUAACAAGAUGUGUUUCGAUUGCAAUGCGAAGAAUCCGACAUGGGCGUCCGUCACGUAUGGGAUUUUUCUUUGCAUCGAUUGCUCCGCUGUUCACCGAAGUUUGGGUGUUCACGUCAGCUUCGUUAGGUCUACAAAUCUGGACUCAUGGGCGCUAGAGCAGUUGAAGAUGAUGAGUUUCGGGGGAAACAACCGUGCACAUGUUUUCUUUAAGCAGCAUGGAUGGACUGAUGGGGGAAAAAUUGAGGCAAAGUAUACUUCAAGGGCUGCUGAGUUGUACAGGCAAAUACUUUCAAAAGAAGUUGCCAAAAGCAUGGCAGAAGAGGCUGGUUUGCCCUCAUCACCUGUUGCUUCUCAGUCAACGAAUGCAGGCAAUGGAUUCUCUGAUGUGAAGGUCCCUGAAGCUCCAAAAGAAAGUUCGAGUGAAAGACAUGAAACACCAGAAGUUACUCCUUCACCUAGAGCUCAUUCUCACACGGUUAGCACCAUUUCUGUUAAAAAGCCCCUUGGUGCGAAGAGGACUGGAAAAACUGGAGGGCUUGGUGUCCGGAAGCUUACCACAAAGCCAAAUGAGAGUCUGUAUGAACAGAAGCCUGAAGAACCAGCUCCUAUAGUAGCAACUUCAGCCAAUGCUACAUCAACAUUUUCCUCAUCUUUUCCUUCUCACUUCGAGUAUGUGGAGAAUGUUCAAUCUGCUGAGACCAGUUCUGGAGGAGUACAUGUGAUAAAUCAUGUUUCCCCUCCCAAGUCAUUGAGCUUCUUUGCUGAUUAUGGGAUGGACAGUGGAUUUCAGAAAAAAACAAGCUUUAAUUCUUCUAAAGUGCAGAUUCAAGAAACUGAUGAAGCAAGGAAAAAGUUUUCCAAUGCCAAGUCUAUCUCGUCAGCCCAGUAUUUUGGGGAUCAGAAGAAAGGCAGUGACAUGGAAGCUCAAAUGUCCUUACAGAAGUUUUCGGGUUCAACGGCCAUCUCUAGUGCUGAUCUCUUUGGUCAUGAUGUCGAUGAUUCCCGACUAGACCUAACAGCAGCUGAUAUGAUCAACCGAAUCUCCUUCCAGGCAUCACAGGAUAUUUCAUCCCUUAAGAACAUUGCAGGGGAGACAGGGAAAAGGCUCACUUCUCUAGCUUCUAAUUUUAUCACAGAUCUUCAGGAUAGAAUCCUUUGAUGAAUUAACUGCAUCAGCAUCAAGAUGGUCCAAAGAUAGUGUGCAAAGAUUCCUGAUGAGCUCAUUACAAGUCAGCAAAGCCCAUUUGAUGUUCAAAAGAAUUUGUCAGGACCUCUUUUGGGGAUGAAAAUAAGAUUUAAACCUAGUUUCCGCCCAUAAGGUGGUGCAAGCUUUUCUUGUAUCUGAAGGGGUUUACAUUCAGAAUGGAAUGUUUGUGCUCUUGCAUAUGUUUAUAUUUAAGAAAGCUAGGUUUAAUCAGUUUUGCAUCUUUGUUCUGGUGGAGAGAGAGUUCACUCAACUAAAGAUAUGUAGGACCUCAGGUUUUUGUAGCAGUUGAUUGUCCUUCAACAUUAAAUUCUAUUUUGGCAUUCCAAGAGUUUUCUUCUAUAUUCAGUACUCUUGAAUUA